UGGUCACGGCCCAUGUGGUGCGGGACGCGGGGCAGGAGCCGGCCUGACAGGUCCUCCGGAGUUCGGGGCCAGGAGGGGGCGACUUGGGGGAGCCGUGCGCUGCCCUCGGCGUCCUUGGACUCCCGAAGUGGAAUCGAUUCGGUUCCAAGCCUGGAUCCCCCGGCAGGGCUGGGUAGGGUCGCAGUGACAGGGAGCCCCCAGACAGGAACAAGUUCCGCCUCUCGUCCGAAGGUUCAACAUCUGACACUUGAGACUACACGUCUGGAAGGAAAAUUUGCUUCCAGAACGUUGAUGUGCAUGUGUGCACAUGCUUCUGGCCUCACCUGCUCCCAGUCUUCCUGUCAUCAAAGGACUGAGGUCAAGUGAUAGGGCCCUUGGCUGGCUGUGAGUAGAUAGGCUUUGCAUCUGGCCCUGCCUCCAGAACCAUCAGCUGCCCAUGAGAGAUGAAGUAUGGCAUCCAAGGGGGCAGGCAUGUCUUUCUCCAGAAAGAGCUAUAAGCUGACCUCAGAUGCUGAGAAAUCCAGAGUUACAGGCAUUGUCCAUGAGAAGCUGCUGAAUGACUACUUGCAUCGCAUCUUUUCCUCUCCUGACCAUGUGCCUCCUGCAGCCACCAGCAGGAAAUUGCUGAACUUCCAGAACCUGCCAGAACGUCUGGACCAGCUGCUUCAGGUGGACAGUGAAGAUGAAGAAAGCCAGGGACAGGUUGAAGGGCGGCUUGGGCCAUCCACGGUAGUACUAGACCAUACAGGAGGCUUUGAGGGGCUUCUUCUGGUGGAUGAUGACCUCCUGGAGGUGAUUGGACACAGCAACUUUGGGACUAUCCGCUCCACCACAUGUGUAUAUAAAGGGAAGUGGCUUUAUGAAGUGCUCAUCUCCUCCCAGGGACUCAUGCAGAUUGGUUGGUGUACCAUCAGCUGCCGCUUUAAUCAGGAGGAAGGGGUUGGAGACACACCCAACUCGUAUGCCUAUGAUGGGAACCGGGUACGCAAGUGGAAUGUGACUACAACCAAUUAUGGCAAGGCAUGGGCAGCGGGGGACAUUGUGAGCUGCCUGAUUGACCUGGACGCUGGUACUCUCUCCUUCUGCCUGAACGGUGUGUCGCUGGGCACUGCCUUUGAGAACCUGUCCAAGGGCCAGGGCAUGGCCUACUUCCCAGCCAUCAGCCUGUCUUUCAAGGAGUCUGUGGCCUUCAACUUUGGCAGCCGUCCUCUGCGCUACCCAAUGACAGGCUUCCGGCCUCUGCAGGACCCACCUGGUCCUGACCUGGUGCGGGCCCAGAGAUUGUUGGGCUGUUUCCGGGCAGUGCUCAGUGUGGAGCUGGACCCUGUGGAAGGUCGGCUGGUGGAAAAGGAAAGCUCUGAGUGGCAGCUGCAAGGGCAGCCUACUAUCCUCCUCACUCUGACACACAUCUUCCAUCGCUUUGCACCACUGCUGCACAAGGUGUACCUGGUGGAGGCUGUGCUCAUAAGCUUCCUGCUGGGCAUUGUGGAGAAGGGCACACCUACACAGGCACAGUCCAUGGUGCACCAGAUCUUGGACCUCUUCUGGCUCUUCAUGGAGGACUAUGAGGUACAGGAUUGCCUCAAGCAGUUGAUGAUGUCUUUGCUGCGCUUAUACCGGUUUUCGCCAAUCGUCCCAGACCUGAGCCUGCAGAUCCAUUAUCUGAGGCUCACUAUCUCCAUCCUGAGGCAUGAGAAGUCCCGAAAAUUUCUGCUUAGCAACGUCCUCUUCGAUGUGCUCCGGUCUGUCAUCUUCUUUUACAUCAAGAGCCCCCUGCGUGUGGAGGAGGCCGGGCUGCAGGAGCUCAUUCCUACCACGUGGUGGCCCCACCGCUCCAGCAGGGAGGGCAAAGAGAGUAAGGAGGUGAAGGAGGAGACCGGGGAGGAGCGGCUCCGCCGGCGAGCCUAUGAGCGAGGCUGCCAGAGGCUCAAGAAGCGCAUUGAAGUGGUGGAAGAACUACAGGUCCAGAUUCUGAAGCUGCUAUUGGACAAUAAAGAUGACAACGGCGGUGAAGCUUCUAGGUACAUCUUCCUGACCAAGUUCCGGAAGUUUCUGCAAGAGAAUGCAAGUGGCCGGGGGAAUAUGCCCAUGCUCUGCCCCCCUGAGUACAUGGUCUGCUUCUUACACCGGCUCAUCUCUGCCCUGCGCUACUAUUGGGAUGAGUACAAGGCUUCCAACCCCCGAGCUUCCUUCAGCGAUGAGGCUUACAUCCCGCCCCAGGUCUUCUAUAAUGGCAAAGUGGACUACUUCGACCUUCAGCGCCUUGGAGGCCUUCUCUCACACCUUCGAAAGACCCUCAAAGAUGACCUUGCUGCCAAAGCCAACAUUGUAAUUGAUCCACUGGAGCUGCAAGCAGCCACCAUGGAUGACCUAGAUGAAGAUGAGGAGCCAGCUCCGGCUACAGCCCAGCGCCCCAUGCAAGCCCUGGCCUUGGGAGGGGCAUUACCCCUGCCCCGGCCAGGCUGGCUUAGUUCACCAACCCUGGGCCGAGCCAACCGCUUCCUCAGCACAGCAGCUGUGAGCCUCAUGACCCCACGGCGGCCUCUGAGCACCUCGGAGAAAGUGAAGGUUCGAACGCUGAGCGUGGAACAGAGGACUCGUGAGGACAUUGAGGGCAGCCAUUGGAGUGAAGGCCUGCUGCUGGGGCGGCCCCCAGAGGAGCCUGAGCAGCCCCUCACUGAGAACUCACUGCUGGAAGUCCUAGACGGGGCCAUCAUGAUGUACAACCUCAGCGUUCACCAGCAACUGGGCAAGAUGGUGGGUGUAUCUGAUGAUGUCAAUGAGUAUGCGAUGGCUCUGAGGGACACAGAAGACAAGAUCCGCAGGUGCCCCAAGCGGAGGAAGGAUAUCCUUGCAGAGUUGACCAAGAGCCAGAAAGUUUUCUCAGAAAAGCUGGAUCACCUGAGCCGCCGUCUUGCCUGGGUCCAUGCCACUGUCUACUCCCAGGAGAAGAUGCUGGACAUCUACUGGCUGCUGCGCAUCUGCCUGCGUACCAUUGAGCAUGGGGACCGCACGGGCUCGCUCUUCGCCUUCAUGCCUGAGUUCUACCUGAGUGUGGCCAUCAACAGCUACAGUGCUCUCAAGAAUUAUUUUGGCCCUGUGCAUAGCAUGGAGGAGCUCCCAGGCUAUGAGGAGACCCUGACCCGGUUGGCUGCCAUCCUUGCCAAACACUUUGCUGACACACGAAUCGUGGGCACUGAUAUUCGAGACUCUCUCAUGCAGGCCUUGGCCAGCUACGUGUGUUACCCACACUCUCUGCGGGCUGUGGAGCGAAUUCCCGAGGAACAGCGUAUUGCCAUGGUGAGGAAUCUCCUGGCACCUUAUGAGCAGCGGCCCUGGGCCCAGACCAACUGGAUCCUGGUUCGACUCUGGAGGGGCUGUGGGUUCGGGUACCGCUAUACACGACUGCCACAUCUGCUGAAAACCAAACCUGAUGACGCCAACUUGCCCAGCCUCCAGAAGCCCUGUCCCUCCACCCUGCUGCAGCAGCACAUGGCAGACCUGCUGCGGCAGGGACCUGACGUGGCACCUAGCUUCCUCAACAGUGUCCUGAACCAGCUCAACUGGGCUUUCUCUGAAUUCAUUGGCAUGAUCCAGGAGAUUCAGCAGGCUGCUGAGCGCCUAGAGCGAAACUUUGUAGAUAGCAGGCAGCUCAAGGUAUGUGCCACCUGCUUUGACCUUUCGGUCAGCCUGCUGCGUGUCCUAGAAAUGACCAUCACAUUGGUGCCUGAGAUAUUCCUUGACUGGACCCGGCCUACCUCUGAGAUGCUUCUGCGACGUCUUGCACAGCUGCUGAACCAGGUGCUGAAUCGGGUGACAGCUGAAAGGAACCUGUUUGACCGUGUGGUCACCCUGAGGCUGCCUGGCCUGGAGAGCGUGGACCAUUACCCCAUCCUGGUGGCAGUAACAGGCAUCCUGGUACAGCUCCUGGUGCAUGGUCCAGCCUCAGAGACAGAGAGAGCCACAUCAGUGCUUCUGGCCGAUCCCUGCUUCCAGCUGCGCUCCAUAUGCUAUCUCCUGGGGCAGCCAGACCCUCCAACACCUGGGACUGCCCUGCCUGCUCCAGACCGGAAGCGCUUUUCUCUGCAGAGCUACACAGAUUAUAUCAGUGCUGAGGAGCUUGCCCAGGUGGAGCAGAUGCUGGCUCAUCUGACCUCUGCAUCUGCUCAGGCGGCAGCUGCAUCCCUGCCCACUAGCGAGGAGGACCUCUGCCCUAUCUGCUACGCCCACCCCAUCUCUGCUGUGUUCCAGCCCUGUGGUCACAAAUCUUGCAAAGCCUGUAUCAACCAGCACCUGAUGAACAACAAGGACUGCUUCUUCUGCAAAGCCACCAUCACAUCUGUAGAGGACUGGGACAAGGUAGCAAAUACAGUAGCCACUUCUUCGGCUUCCUAGACCUGCCUAACCCAUGGCCUGAAACACCCUAGAACCUCCACCCUUGAAUCCAGACCCAGGCUGAGCCCUAUUUAUGAGCUACCCCAACUCCCAACCCCCCACCAUGUCAAGUCUCCUCACCUGCCUAUAGCCUCAUUAGUUUGAGCCCAACCAUGAGCCUAAUUAUGCCUGUGCUUGACUUUCAGUCAGGGCCAUAAUGAGCAUUAAAUUAUUAUAUACAA